UGUUAUUAUGAAUAUCCUAUAACAUUCAUAUGUCUACUAUAAUUUAUAUUGCUAUUAUAAAUAUAAUUUAGUUUUAGCAAUAAUAAAUGUAUUGUAAUUUUAGUAAAAUUUUCGUAUGGCAAAUACAAUAAAUAGGCACAAUGAGGUACAAAGUUGGUUAGAGUCACUUUUUGGCAAAGAAACCAUACCUAAAUAUGAAGUUAAUGACUAUACAAUAUCUUUUCUUUACUCUCUUUACAUUCAAAAUAAAGAAAUAAAUCGACUAACAAAUCUUACAAUUGAAGAUUUAAAGCAAAGGACAGAAGAAUAUAAAAUAGAAGAGGAUAGAAUUCAAGAUAUUCUUAGUGUUUUUGGUCUACCUGUUAGUUCUUUUUCAAAUGCUGGUAAACAAAAUAUCAAGACACUAGCUGAUCUAGCAGCCAUUUUGAAUUUAAAAGAUACUUCAAAAACAAACUACUUAGUUGGAAUAACUAUUUUUUUGAAAGAAUGUAAAGACACUGACACCACCUUAAAAAAGUUAGAAGAAAAAAUUGAUUUUCUUUUACAACAGUUUCGUGACAUCAAUAAUAGUAUUGCUGCAAUUAACAAGUGUUUUUCUUCAUUAAAUGAACUUUCUUAUAAUGAUGAUAUAAUGACAGAAAAAAGAAGAAAUGAAACAUUGCAAAUGAAAGCAAAAGUAGAAAAAUAUAGACAACAAAUUGAAGAUUUUAAGGCUGUAAAUAAGUUUGUUGACAAAAGGUUUCAUCACGAAUCACUUAUAGAACUUUCAAAGGAUUUAGAAGUACUUAAAAAAGAGUUAAUACCUUUAGAGUCAAAGUUAAAAACUUUUAAAAAACUUCCUUCGGACUUGAAUUUAGCUAAAGUUAAAAUCGAGGAAACAAGGCGUGAACUAGAAAAACUGGAAAGUGAGCUUCAAGUUGACAUUAAUUUGAUUGAACUAUAAUAGCAAUGUAUAUUAGCACAAUUUAGAAGAUUCUCUCGGAGAAGCUUUGUAUGAAAAGAUUUAAUGGAUUAGUUGUUUAAAUAUGAAGAAGAUAUGGGUUACAACUCCAGUUAAAUGAACAACAAAUUAUGGAUUAAAAAAACAUUUAAAUAUUUGGA